UGAAUUUAGAAAAGAGCGGUAUCUCAAGACUGAAUUGUGUGAUGGAUUCAGUGCAAUGCAGUUUGACAUCGUGUGUGGUGAACAAUUCAGUGGAUUUGUUGGUUUUCAAUCCACCAUAUGUGCCAUCAGCCAACAGCGAGAUUCCCACAAUUAAUGGACAAAGCAACAUUGACCAAGACAGUGGUGCAUGGCUAGAUAUGGCGUUGAAUGGAGGUGACGAUGGAAUGAUAGUGACAGCAAAGUUGUUGGACAAUUUGCAUGAUAUUCUCGCCGACAAUGGGGUUGCCUAUAUAUUGUUCUGUGCUCGAAACAAGCCAGAUGAUGUGUACAAACAGAUGAAAGAGAGAAAAUUGCAAGUGGAAAAAGUGAUAUUCCGAAAAUGUGGGUGGGAAGAGCUCAGUGUGUUGAGAUUGUGGAAGCGAAAAUAAGAUACUGAUUUGUGAAUGUGUAUUUGAUAAUGUCAGAAAUAUACCUAUAUAUAUAUAGAUAUUUAAAGAAAAAUAUGUACUCACCAACUAUGAUAUAGUAUAUUAGAGCAAGUGAAUUAUUAGAAGUAUACAGCUUCAUUUAUAAGUUUUUGUUUUUAAUCUUUUCCUUUUCAUUUCUUACUUGUUACGAUGUUUUGGAAUUUAUAUAUUUAAUAAAAAAUUAAAAU